UAGCACAGAUUAUGCUGAGUCCCCAAAUCUGUUGUUUGAAUAUUGGAGUAUGCCAAAGUUAAGGCAUCUCUAUAUUACUGUUGCUUGCUGUUUAAGAAGUCCUUCUGUCAAAAUGGAUAUUAGUUUAUGGCCAUUCACUUCAAAAUGCAUCCAAGUUGUGUCCGGAAUUAGAUUUGCAAGCUGCACCAGGGAAGUUUUCAUCAGCAUGCCUUCUCUAAGGAUGUUAGGAUUGUCUGAAACCAAGGAAGACUAUGAGAUGGAUUGGUCAGCCAAAUGCCUAAAAGAGCUUUUCUAUUUGCAAGAACUUUGGACUUUUGAAGCUAUGCUUCUACAGGGAAAGUACAAAAAUACGGAGAAUCUUGAUGCUUUGCCAUCUAAUCUCAGGAAAUUGACCAUAAGUUGGAGCUAUCAACCAUGGCAGAAUAUGACCUCCAUUGCCUCGUUACCCGAACUGGAGGUGCUCAAACUGAAAAAUUAUGCUUUCCAAGGGCCAAAGUGGGAACCAACUGAAGGGGGCUUUCGUGUUUUGAAGCACUUGCUGGUUGAGAAGACUGAUCUAGUGUCAUGGGAGGCCACAAGCAAUCACUUUCCAUGUCUUGAGCAUCUAGUUCUCAAGUCUUGCAAGUACCUGAAAGAGGUUCCCUACGGUAUUACAGAAAUUUCUACCCUGAAGCGGAUAGAGUUGCACAACUGUAGUGAAUCUGCAAAAAUUUCUGCUACAAGUAUUGAAGUUGAAAGCCUUGAUGUUGUCAUCAAAAGCGAUAGAUUUCAGCACUCAGCAUAAAGGGAAGCUUUGAGCUGCGGCUUGCAAUUUCAAUUUCCCAACUGAUCUGGAAUUGCUUCUUGUCAUCCAUCUUGC